GAUGGCUGCAGCAGUGGCACUGGAUACUGUUUACGACGCAGAGCACGAGAGCGGCACAACAUCGGGAGAAACGGACACACAGCGCGCGCACGGUAUUUAAACGCACGCUCAUUGACGUGCGGUGUCUGCGAGUGAGACCGCGAGGCUAUCCGCUACAUCAGUCCGCGUGACGUCUCCUCCUUCCCGCAGCGAGCACCUCCGCUGUCUCCCAUCUCGGUAGUCGUUGUUUUGGAGCGCAGCUGUAACGGGAGACCUCGCUCAUAUUGGAAUCUAGAGCGACCCGGUCCCCCCCCCUUUCCUUCCCGACCUCCCUCCAACCCCCCCCCUCUCUGUCCCGUGCCCCAUCAAGUGGCGCUGCACUCAGCUGGGGGAACCCGAGAGCAUCCCUCCAUCCCACCCAGCUUAUCCCUCCCUUUCCUUUUUCUCCCCUCUCUCUUGUUUCUUACUCUGUCACCCCAUCAUAUGCCACAGCUUAAGGGUGGUGGAGGUCUCAUCUAGUCAGGGACCGGGGGGGGAGGGAGGCUGUGUCGGAGGAUGCUGCGGGAGUAGAGCGGCUCAGAGCGGAAGAUGGGGAAGGACCAGGAACUGCUGCAGGCGGUGAAGACCGAGGACCUGCUCACCGUGCAGAAGCUGCUGCAAAGGCCCCGGCCAGGGAAAGCAAAGCUCCUCGGAUCUGCCAAGAAAGUGAAUGUCAACUUCCAGGAUACAGAUGGGUUUUCUCCACUGCAUCACGCAUCCCUCAAUGGGAACCUGGAGCUCAUCUCUCUGCUGCUGGAGUCGCAGGCUGCUGUCGACAUUAGAGACCAGAAAGGCAUGCGGCCACUGCACUAUGCAGCCUGGCAGGGGAAGGCGGAGCCCAUGAAGAUGCUGCUGAAAUCUGGUUCGUCUGUCAACGGCCAAUCAGAUGAAGGACAGAUUCCUCUGCACCUGUCAGCACAGCACGGCCAUUACGACGUGUCUGAGAUGCUGCUGCAGCACCAAUCCAACCCAUGUAUUGUGGAUAACGCAGGGAAAACACCUCUGGACCUGGCCUGUGAGUUUGGCAGAGUUGGGGUGGUCCAGUUGUUGCUUUCCAGUAACAUGUGUGCUGCUUUGCUGGAGCCCAAAAAAGGAGAUACCACUGACCCGAACGGGACAUCUCCUCUCCACCUGGCAGCCAAGAAUGGACACAUAGAUAUCAUCAGACUGUUGAUCCAGUCAGGCAUCGACAUCAACAGGCAGACCAAAGCGGGCACUGCCCUGCAUGAAGCUGCCCUCUGCGGCAAAACCGAGGCAGUGAGACUCCUGCUGGACAGUGGCAUCAACGCUGCAGUGAGAAACACCUACAGCCAGACAGCACUGGACAUCGUCUACCAGUUUACUGCUACACAAGCCAGCAGAGAGAUCAAACAGCUGCUUAGGGAUGCAUCAGCAGCCCUUCAGGUUCGGGCUCUGAAGGAUUACUGCAACAACUACGACCUAACCAGCCUCAACAUCAAAGCAGGAGAUGUCAUUACGGUUUUGGAGCAGCACCCUGACGGACGCUGGAAAGGCUGUAUCCAUGACAACCGAACAGGAAAUGACCGAGUGGGAUACUUCCCUUCCACCAUGGUGGAGGUCAUCAGCAAGCGCACAGGUUUGGCCAGCACAGUCAUUUGCACUCAACAGUUUCAAAAGAUACCGCUGGUUGCCCCGGCGACGGUUGCCCCUGCCAACGCGGUAGUCAACGGCAACGACACCACGUUCCAUCAGAUCCAUAUCCUGCCUCCACCGCCUCCUCCUCCACCACAUUCCCAUCAGCCACUGCUUCCACUUUUCACUUCCUUUGGCUAUAGCAGGUCGCCCGUGACAACUCCACAGGGAGACACACCCACUGCCCCAGGUUGUCGCGGCUCAGAGGCAAGUCCUCACAGCUCUCCCACACCGUCCAGUGGGCCCCAUGGAGGCUCCAAUGAAGAGAUCUGGGUACUGCGCAAGCCUGUGGCAGGUGGAGACCGCAGCAGUGUGGGUAGUUCUGGCAGUGUGACCAGUGUGAGGUCAUCGGGCAGUGGUCAGAGCGCCGGCAGUGCCACACACAUCCUGCAUGCACAGGCUGAGGGGGUCAAGCUUCUAGCCACAGUCUUGUCCCAGUCUGCCAAAGCUAAGGAGCAUCUACUGGAGCAAUCCAAGUCUGUGGACCAGCCUGCAGGCUCCACCAGCUCCUCUCGCACAUCGAGCCAAUCAGGCUGUCCGCUCCACGAAGCGCCGCCUUACGACGCCACGGUAACCAGGAAGGGGGAGGUGCCAGGCGAGGGGAAGAGCUCAGAGGCCGUUGUCCAAUGGCUGAGCGACUUUCAGCUGCAGGUCUACGCUCCAAACUUCCUGGGCGCUGGGUAUGACUUGCCCACCAUUAGCCGAAUGACCCCGGAGGACCUGACAGCUAUCGGAAUAACUAAACCAGGCCACAGAAAGAAGAUGACAUCUGAGAUUAAUAAGCUAAGCGUCACAGAGUGGCUUCCUGAUCAGAAACCUGCCAAUCUAGGAGAAUGGCUGUCUGCUAUUGGUCUAAACCAGUACCACCAAGUGUUAGUGCAGAACGGUUACGAGAACAUCGAAUUCAUCACGGACAUCACUUGGGAGGACCUGCAAGAAAUAGGCAUCACUAAACUGGGCCACCAGAAGAAGCUGAUGCUGGCAGUGAAGCGGCUGGCUGAAAUGCAGCGCAGUUCAGAAGGGCGGGGCUCCCUCAGAAAGAAGCCCCCACCAAUCACGCAACAGCAGGAAGUCAUAUCCAUGGACAGCCCGCCCCCAGACGAGGUCAAGUCUCCAAAGAUGAGUACCUUCCAGGACAGUGAGUUGAGCAGCGAGCUACAGAAUGCUAUGACCCAGCCAGGUCAGGAGGUGAAAGCUCAGCGAACUCGCAGCCUCAGUAAAGACCAUGACGAGGUGAUGACAGGAGGAGGAGGAGUAGGAGGAGGAGGAGGAGGAGGAGGAGGAGGUGGUGGGCCACCUAAGAAGGAGGCGCGGACUAUGAGGCAGCAGAGCAGCCAAGGAAGCACCUCCUCCCACAGGGGCAGUGUAUCCUCUCAAGGCAAACACCGUCACUCCCACUCCCACUCGCAGCCCGCGCCUCCCUACACACCCCCUCACACCCCUACCAAGACCAGGACCUCAUCUUCCUCUUCCACUUCCUCCAUCCAGAGCGCAGCUUCCCCACAGGCCAAACCCAAGCCACCCCCCCAGUUCAUCCAGGGGGACAGACCUCAUUCACCGCGCUCACAACCCCCUCAGUCUCCAACCCACCGUGGAGCUCCGAAUAUGCAGCCUCUGCCCCAACAGCAGCAGCCGCAGCAGCAGCAGCAGCAGCCGCAGCAGCAGCAGCAGCAGCAGCAGCAGCAGCAGCCUCAAGUCCAGCCCCAACACCAGGCCCACCCUCAGCACCACCCACAGACACAGGUCAUGGAGGUCAGGGAGAGCGCACAACCACAAGUACCUCUCCUCUGUCUCCCACCGGAGGCUGAGCUGGCAGAGGAGGAUGGAGCGGAGCCGGCAGCGCUCCAGAAGAAGCGCGCCCGCAGCCUCAACCGAUACGCCGUGUCAGAUGGCGAAUGUGAUGACAGACCAGGAGGGGGAAGAGAAGGAGAAACGGCGGUUCCAGGAGGUCAGAACUCGGCCAUCGUCAGAGGGGAAGGAGUUAAAUACGCUACAGUCACCCACCGCGUGAGCCGCAGCCACUCUGUCCGCAACCAAGAAAAGAACGUCAACCGCAACCAGACGCAAUCCUUUGCCCUGCGGCAGAAGAAAAAAGGCCCGCCCCCGCCACCACCCAAACGCUCUAGCUCUGCCAUCUCCAGCUCCAACUCCAACCUGACAGAUGCAAACGCACAGCCAUUGGCGCUCACCACCACUGGCGGGAUGCUGGACGUGCCUUACCACCAACAGCGGCGGGCCAGUGACUUGGGAGUGUCCGUUGAGACAGGUGUUGUGGAGACUAACAGCGUGGGUAGUGUGAGGAGCAUUGCCGCUAUGUUGGAGAUGUCUUCUAUAGGGGGUGGACCAAAAGGGAUGGCGCUCCAGAAGAAUUUCCUGCAGGUGGGGAAAACACGUGAUGCCAUUGGUCUGGACGGCGAAGUGGUGAACCGACGGCGGACUAUCAGCGGGCCGGUCACCGAGCUGGUGGCAGCUGCCAGGCGUGACCAGCCAGCUCCCUCUGCUUUCCCCUCCCCCUCCGCCCAGCCUGAAAACUCCCCUCCACCUGUAACUUCCUCUUCACCCCACCCACCGUCCUCACCACACCCCAGCUCGGGAGGUAGUGGCAGUUCAUCUGAGAAUCUUCCAUUUGCUGACGAGGGAAGCCUGACCAUCCGCCGUCAGGGUCGAGGAGAAGGACAGUGUGUAUUUUGUGUCUGUCUGCAGGGUGACGGCGAGGGUCCCCAGGGAGACGGUGGCUACACGCAGGAGGACAUGUCCAUGGUGGAAGCCACAGCUACCUUAAAGCGACGGCCCCGCAGCGCCAAGGCCCACCCCAACGGCUCCGACUUCACCCUCCAGGAGUCGUCCACCGUCAAACGACGGCCUAAGAGCCGCGACAAGGAGCCAGAGGGCUUUGCAGAUCUUGCAGGGGCUAACGGAGAGCCUGUGGGCGGCGGGAUGCCAAACACUACCCAGCCAGUCCCCUAUCAGAAUGGCACAGCCACCGUGAAACGCCGCCCGGUGUCUGAUGCUGGAGUGACGGAGCAGCCACAACCCCAACACCAACUCCAACACCAACCCCAACAUCAACCCCAACAUCAACCCCAACAUCAACCCCAACACCAACCCCAAGUGGCUGCUGCCCCUCGCAGGAGCAGUGUGGACCAAGCAGCUCCAGUGGGAGGUGAAGGAGGUCCGGUGAGGAAACCAAAGCCCCCAGUCUCCCCCAAGCCUAUCGUGGCACAGAUAAAGAGACAGGGAGGCCCACAGACCCCCCCACAGGCUGUCUACAACAAGAGAGUCCCUCUGCCGGGCCCUGGGACACCUGGCAGUCCAGUGGAAGGAAAGAAGAUCCCUCCACCAGUCUCGCCAAAACCGGUUCCACCACCCACUGCGCCCAAACCGGCUAAGCUCAUCCACUCCAUGACCAGCCCGCCCUCCCCGGGCCCUCCUCUGGUCAAGCAGCAUACUGUGGUGACUCGACAGACCAGCUCACCCCCCAACUUCCCCCAGUCCAACACCCCGAGCCCACCGAACCCUAAACCGCCGAGCCCGUCUUCUCAAAGUCCGCACACCCCUCAGACCCCCACCACGCCACAGACACCCCUGACUCCGCAGACUCCCCAGACUCCCCAGACUCCCCAGACUCCUGCCACUCCCAGCCCGACCCCUCCGCCUGUCAAGCCUCCUCGUUCCUCCAUCGGGGGCGUGUCGGUGGACAGCGGGAUGACAGGGGGCGGGGUCACGACGCCGACUCCCAUGUCGACAGACUUUGCCGUGGAUUCUUUAGUGCAUCAGAAGCUGGAGGAGACGAGCGCAUCGCUGGCUGCAGCGCUGCAGGCCGUGGAGGAUAAGAUACUGCUGCAUGAGGACUCUGUGGCUGAGCAGAAAACCACAGUCAGCAUCCUCGAUGACAUCGGCAGCAUGUUUGAUGACCUGGCCGACCAACUGGACGCCAUGUUGGAGUAACCAUAGAAACCAGUCAGCGUGUCUCCAUGGCAACGCUGCACCAGGAGUGACUCAGAUGGCACAAUAGGCAAUAUGCCUCUCUCUAUCUUAUCUCUCCUUCUCUUCAUCCUUUGUCUCUCUGCCGUGCCCAAUCCACUUCUCUCUCUUCCCCCAUCUCCAGCGCCGUCCGUCCGUCCGUCUGUCUGUCCAUCCGUCGCCGCUCUGGACAACCUCUCUUCUUUUUCUUUUUCUUCUUCUUCUUCUUCUUCUUCUUCUUCUUCUUCUUCUUCUUCUUCUUCUUCU